CCAUAUUCAUUUCCUCAUCCGGAUAUAUUUCGAUAGGAAGUUAAAUUUCCGGUCCACUCCCAGGUUAAAAACUGCCGAAACUGGUUGCGCGAGUAAUAAUGAGAAAAUUUGAGGCGAUCGGGCCGGACGAGAGAGAAAGAAUAGUGGGGUUGCAAGUGGGCACGGCGAGGGAAGGGAGAAACGAAUCCUGCUUCGAUGGCUGCGAUGCUAGUCCACCAUCACUAACGCUGUCUCUGUAUUCAUCCAUCAUCUUCUUCGUCUUCUUCUUCUUCUUCUCAUCCCCUCCGCCGUUGCUCCCACCCCACCCAGAACCAAACUGAAACCCCUCCUUCGUCCGCGCUGCCGCUCUGAUCGAUCCCGUGUCUGUCUUCCCGGGUCCUAGUCCCAGCUGUUGGUUGUCGUCACCGUCAUCUUCUUCUUGGAUCUGGCUUCUGGGCCUCGUUCGUUGGUGGGGUUUCUUUCCAAUUCCUCCUGGGUGCGGGGCAAGGCGUGAGCGCGAUCCCAUCCCACAGAUAUAUCCGUAAUAAAUGGCGCUAUACGGAUGCUUGGGCGGCCUCUCUCCUCCGUACGAGGGGAGGCCCUUGCAGCAGCGACCAUAUCACAAGCCAAGGGGCCUCUUUUCCACGUACACGCCGGUCCUUCGCCGCGCGGGCGCGCGCGCAGGGAGGCCCUCAAUAACUUCCCUGGUGCCCGCUCUACCGACAUCCCUAGGGCCGGCCCAGGUCUCAUUCAAGGAGGUGAUUGAGUUGCUGAUAGACCGGGUCGAUCUAUCCGAAGACGAGGCCGAGGCAUCUCUCGACCUUCUGCUUGCGGAGGCGAAUGAGGCUCUGAUCAGCGCCUUCCUCGUCCUACUGAGGGCCAAAGGAGAGACCUUUGAAGAGAUUGUGGGAUUGGCAAGGGCCAUGAUCAAGUGCGGCGUCAGGGUGGAAGGACUGGAUGAUGCAGUUGAUGUUGUUGGAACGGGCGGUGAUGGGGCGAACACCGUGAACAUCUCCACCGGUGCUUCUAUUCUGGCUGCAGCUGCUGGUGCGAGUGUUGCAAAGCAAGGAAACCGUGCCAGCUCUUCUGCUUGCGGGAGUGCAGAUGUGUUGCAGGCAUUGGGCGUGAAAAUUGAUUUGGGCCCUGAGGAGGUGAAAAGGUGCGUCAAGGAAGCGGGCAUUGGGUUCAUGAUGGCUCCCAAUUACCACCCAGCUAUGAAAAUUGUCAGCCUGGUACGGAAAAGGCUUAAAGUGAAGACAGUAUUUAACAUUCUUGGACCAAUGUUGAAUCCAGCACGGGUACCUUUUGCUGUUGUUGGUGUGUACAACGAAGAUAUCGUAAUGAAGAUGGCCAAAGUAUUGCAACGGUUUGGAAUGAAAAGAGCAUUAGUAGUACAUUCAGAGGGUUUGGAUGAAAUAAGUCCACUAGGACCUGGAUAUUUUCUUGAUGUUACUCCUGAAAAGAUUCGGAAAUUACACUUUGAUCCAUUGGAAUUUGGUAUUCCUCGAUGUACUAUAGAAAGCUUAAAAGGGGGAGAUGCAGAAUUCAAUGCUAAAGUUCUUAGAGAUGUUCUGUCUGGUCAGAAGGGAUCAAUUGCAGAUGCUUUUGUACUGAAUGCAGCAGCUGCACUUUGGGUUAGCGGUCGUGUGAGCACUUUAGGCGAAGGAGUGGCUCUAGCGCAAGAGACACAUCUGUCUGGCAAAGCCAUUGAUACACUGGAGUUAUGGAUAAGACUCUCCAAUAAAUUGAGAGGAUAAGCCAGCCGUCUGUUAAAUCUUGAACAAUUCAUGCCUGUGAUUCAGAAGUAUCUGAAGAUGUAGCACGAUAGCAUCAGUAUAGGUCUCCAAUUCUGUAACUUAUGGGGCAUUAAAAUUUUUCCAUGGAUGCUGUAUCACUUGUUGAUAGUUGUUGUUUCCUUUGAUUUUUUCUGUUCUUUGCAUUAAGAACAGGAGGUGUUGGGAUUAUGAAAUUACUCUGGUAUUUUUACUUGGAAAAAAGAUAGGAAGGGGUUAAGCUAAUAAGUUUACCGACUUGACGAGUUGAUAAAGAUUUUUGUUUCAUCUCA